CGCCUGACUGUUUGAGUCAGACAACACAACACUUUUCGGCAGCAGACCGUUCGCGUGUUUGCUAGUUGUUAAUUCCGCGAUCGUUCCUGGAGAAACGAAUUUUUCCACAGUAGCAAUAAUCGGUACAUAAUCAAGAAUAAAGUUAAUCCCUAUAAAUUAGUGCGUUUCGAUUGCGCUUUCAACGUUCCUUCAAGUGGUGAAAAUGUCCGAUCCGGUUGAGAAUGGUGCCGAAGCUCCGGUGAAAACCGAGAAACAGCUCAAAAAGGAAGCGGAAAAAGCUGCCAAGUUGGCAAAGCUGCAGGAAAAGUUAAACAAGAAACAAGCCCAAGAACAACAGGCCGCGGCCAAACCGAAAGCGGAGAAAAAAGUAAAGGAAAGCAAAGAGGCUAUCGUCUACAGUGGCAACAGCAAGGAAGGUGAAAAGAAAGACCUAUCUGGGCCGUUUCCCGAUGCCUACAGUCCGCAGUAUGUAGAAGCCGCCUGGUACAGCUGGUGGGAGAAGGAGGGUUUCUUCAAGCCGGAAUAUGGGCAAAAGCAAAACAGCGACCGCUUCGUGAUGGUAAUUCCUCCGCCCAAUGUUACCGGUUCGCUACAUCUGGGUCACGCGCUGACGAACGCAAUCGAGGAUGCGAUCACUCGUUGGCACCGGAUGAAGGGACGUGCCGCCCUGUGGGUUCCGGGAACUGACCACGCUGGUAUUGCCACCCAGGUCGUGGUGGAGAAGAAGCUCUGGCGUGAGCAGAAGCUCACCAGACAUGAUCUGGGUCGAGAGAAGUUUAUCGAGAAAAUUUGGCAGUGGCGUAACGAGAAGGGUGACCGCAUUUAUCACCAGUUGCGAAUGCUUGGGUCGUCUUACGAUUGGGACCGGGCCUGUUUUACGAUGGACCCCAAACUGUGUAAAGCCGUAACGGAAGCUUUCGUGCGGAUGCAUGAGCAGGGACUGAUUUAUCGGAGCAGUCGGCUUGUCAACUGGUCCUGCACGCUGCGCUCGGCUAUUUCAGAUAUCGAAGUAGAUAAAGUCGAGAUUCCGGGCCGUACCAUGCUGUCGAUUCCGGGAUACAGCGAGAAGGUCGAGUUUGGCGUGUUGGUAUCGUUCGCCUACAAAGUGGAGGACAGUGAUGAAGAAAUCAUUGUCGCAACUACUCGCGUGGAAACGAUGCUUGGUGAUACGGCCGUUGCUGUCCAUCCGAAGGACGAUCGCUAUAAGCACUUGCAUGGCAAAUUUGUGCAGCAUCCAUUCUGCAGCCGGCGGUUACCGAUCGUUUGCGAUGAGUUUGUUGAAAUGGGCUUCGGAACGGGUGCGGUGAAAAUUACUCCCUCCCACGAUCCGAACGAUUACGAAGUGGGAAAACGUCACAAUCUUCCGUUCAUCACGAUUUUCUCCGACAAUGGUUUUGUUGUGGGUGAUUAUGGCGAGUUUACUGGAAUGAAACGAUUCGACGCUAGGAAGGCUGUCUUGGCUGCUCUUCAGGCGAAGGGAUUGUACAAGGAAACGGUUGAUAAUCCAAUGGUUGUUCCAGUCUGCUCCCGUUCGAAGGAUAUUGUGGAGCCGCUAAUUAAGCCACAGUGGUACGUGAAGUGUGACGAUAUGGCGAAGAAUGCCACGGAAGCAGUCCGUUCAGGGGAGCUGAAAAUAAUUCCUGAAGUGCACACAAAAAUCUGGUACCACUGGAUGGAUGGGAUCCGCGAUUGGUGCGUUUCUCGACAACUCUGGUGGGGACAUCGUAUUCCUGCAUAUCAAGUUUCAUUUAAAGAUCCUAGUGAAAAGCCAAGCGAGCUGGGUGAGGAAAGUUUAUGGUUUGUUGGUCGCAGUGAAGAGGAAGCUCUUGACAAGGCGGCUAAAGAGUUAAAGGUAGCUAAAGAAGCGUUGAUUCUAAAGCAAGACGACGACGUGCUGGACACUUGGUUCAGUUCGGGACUGUUUCCGUUCUCAGUUUUCGGUUGGCCAGAUAAUACUGACGAUUUGAAGUUAUAUUAUCCUACGUCGCUUCUUGAAACUGGACACGAUAUCCUCUUCUUCUGGGUAGCCCGAAUGGUAUUCUUUGGACAGACUUUACUAGGCAAACUGCCCUUCAAAGAGAUUUUCCUGCAUCCCAUGGUUCGCGAUGCACAUGGACGAAAAAUGUCCAAAUCGUUGGGUAAUGUCAUCGAUCCGCUUGACGUUAUUACGGGCAUUUCGCUGGAAGGCUUGCACAAGCAGCUGUACGACUCCAAUUUAGAUCCGCGAGAAAUCGAACGCGCCAAGGCGGGCCAGAAGCAAGACUAUCCGAACGGUAUUCCCGAGUGUGGCACAGACGCGAUGCGUUUCGCACUGUGCGCCUAUAUGACCCAGGCCAGGGAUAUCAAUCUGGACAUCCUGCGUGUUCAAGGGUAUAGGUUUUUCUGCAACAAGCUGUGGAACGCGACCAAGUUUGCUCUGAUGUACUUUACUGGGGAUGAAAAAUACGAUGUUAUACAGGAAUUGACUGGUUCGAAAACCGCCAUCGAUCGCUGGAUUCUAUCGCGACUCUCCAACUGUAUCGAUGUGUCGAACAAGGGCUUUGAAAAGUACGAAUUUGCUCACACCACCAAUGCAUGCUAUAACUUCUGGCUGUACGACUUGUGCGACAUCUAUCUGGAGUGUUUGAAACCCGUUUUCCAGUCCGGCACAGAGGAGGCGAAGAGUACCGCCAGGAAAACCCUGUACACGUGCUUGAACCUUGGCUUGAAGCUGCUCUCACCUUUUAUGCCGUUCAUCACGGAGGAACUUUAUCAACGAUUGCCGCGUGCUGAUUUCGAUCAGGUUGCUAGCAUCUGUGUGGCACCCUAUCCGGAGUUGACCGUGUGCAACUGGCAGGAUGAAGCGUUGGAAAAAGACUUUGAGUUUGUGCAGCGUGCAGCUAAAGUUAUUCGAUCCGCUCGCAGUGACUACAAUCUACCCAACAAAACUAAGACGGAAGCGUACAUCGUUUGCAGUGAAGAAGCGGUGAAAGCCACCCUGACACUGUUCGCCUCUGAUCUGGCUACGAUGUGCUACUCCCAGAUUCAUUUGGAAGACGGUGAGCCUCCAGCUGGCUGUGCAAUACUGACCGUUUCCGGUACCUGCGUUGUGCAUCUGCUACUGAAGGGUUUGAUAGAAGUCGAGAAAGAAAUCGUUAAGCUUGAUAAGAAGCGUGAAACGUUAUCUGCUACCGUUGAGAAGCUAGAGCAGGCACAGGGAGCGCCAGAUUACUGCACCAAGGUUCCAGAGGAUGUCAGGAAUAACAACCAGGAGAAGUUAGACCAAACGAAGGUCGAAAUCGAACGUAUCAUUGCGGCAAUGGAAACACUAAAAACAAUGUAAUCUGCUAAAUAAUCCUAUUCAAAACCGAAACAUUUCAGAAUUUGAGCAUUUUAUCUGUAUUACCAUCAGUUUUCUGGCGGUACGUAGUGAAACCGAAAGUUUACCGUAAGCUGCGAAAUAUAGUUAAUUUAUUGCCUCUAUUCAAACGAAAGUGCUACACAGUUACACACAGUGUUAUGACUAAUGACGAUUAGAGAAUAUACGCGAAACAAGCAAAUGCAAGCAAAAUUUUAAGCGUGAAGCCUACAAAA